AUGAAUAAUAAUAAUAUUAAAAAUAAUAAAAAUAUCAAUUAUAGUAUACCAAUAGUUGAUUUUUCAAAUUUAGGAACUAAUCAGGGUAAAAUUAAAAUAUCAAAAGAAAUAAAUGAUGCUUGUAGAGCAAGUGGGUUUUUUUAUAUAGUAAAUCAUGGUAUUGAACAAUCAGUAUUGGAUGAAUUGUUGGAAUAUACACAGAAAUUCUUUUCAUUGCCGUAUGAUGUCAAAAUGAAAUGGAGAGUGGGAGGAGUUUCUAGAGGAUUGUAUGGAUACUUUGGAAUUGGUAAACAAGUUAUUGUUGGAAAAGAUUAUAAAGAAGGUUAUUAUUUGGAUAUUGAAAAAGAAUGCGAUGGCCAUUCAUUAUACCCGACAAAAGAUGAGGAGGAAAUGUAUGGUUUGGUAGGUUUUAAAAAUUUUAUUGAAAAAUACAUAGCAAUAGUUUUAAAAUUAUCAGAUACAGUAUUUGAAUUAAUUGCACAGAGUUUAAAUUUACCUAUUGAUUAUUUUAAAAAUAAGUAUACUUUUGACCCAGCUACAUUUCUAUCACUACUUAAAUAUCCAUCAAAUGCUAAAAUAGAAGGCGAUGACCAAUUAGAAGAUGAAAAGAAGUUUGGUAUCGGUAGACACACUGAUUGGCCUCUAUUAACUUUUUUAACACAAAGUCAAAUUGAAGGUUUGCAGGUAUUAGUAGGAGAUACAUUUAUUGACGCACCCCCAAUCAAAGGUUCAUUUGUAUGUAAUGUUGGUGACUUAUUCGAAAUCAUUACAAGAGGUUACUUUGUAUCAAGUUUUCAUAGAGCAAUUUAUAAUAAAUCCACAAAUGACCGUUAUUCUUUUCCACUAUUUGUUGGAUCAGAAUUAGAUGUUCCGCUUGAGGUAAUUGAUGGUUUCAAUAUGUUUCCGUUAAAAAAGAAUCCAAAUAGACCUCAUGAUCAAUGUGACCAAUUUUAUAGUUUUAGGGGUUCUUAUAGACAAUAUUAUGAAUAUAGAUUAAAAAAUACUUUUAAUGAUUAUUUAAAUAAAGAUUAG